UUCAGGUUCAGCCCCGCCGCCGCCCCCCCCUAGGCCGUUAGAGACUCCGUGUUCCCCACUCCAAGUUCUGAGACACUAGCUACGUAUGUAAAAUAUCCACACGGCAAUCAUUCUUCAAGAACAUCCCUAACCCUAGUGCUCUUUGGUUCAACACAUUCCUCCGUCGAUUCAAUCCGAAAUUUACCGCUCGAGGACCGAAUUCCAAUUACUUUCUGCCACCAGAUAUCUUCUCAGAUGGGAAGGGCAGAAGAAAUUUCUGUGAAGGAAGCAGUUCACAAACUUCAGCUUUCUCUUCUAGAGGGCAUACAAAACGAGGACCAACUCUUUGCUGCUGGCUCACUCAUAUCUCGCAGUGACUACCAAGACGUUGUCACCGAGCGAUCCAUAGCCAACACGUGCGGUUACCCUCUCUGCCGCAACGCUUUGCCCCCCGAGCGGCCUCGGAAGGGGCGCUAUCGAAUUUCAUUGAAAGAGCAUAGGGUUUAUGAUCUUAACGAAACCUACAUGUACUGCUCGACGGGUUGCGUCGUUAAUAGCCGAGCAUUUGCUGGGAGUUUGCAGGAGGAGAGGUGUUCGGUGCUGAGUUCAGCGAAACUGAAUGAGAUUCUGAGAUUGUUCGAGAGUUUGGGUUUGGAUAGGGAAGCGGGUUUGGGGAAGAAUGAGGAUCUGGGGUUAUCUGAGUUGAGGAUUCAGGAGAAGACGGAUGUGAAGGCUGGGCAAGUGUCUCUGGAAGAGUGGAUUGGCCCUUCAAACGCCGUUGAAGGCUAUGUUCCUCAGAGGGAUCGAAAUUCCCAGCCUUUGCGUACCAAGACUCGAGAAGAAGGAUCUCAACUUAAUCACGCCAAGCCAAUUAAGGGAAAAAACGUGAUGUUUGACGAGAUGGAUUUCAGGAGUACUAUAAUCUGUCAAGACGAGUAUAACAUUUCGAAAACACUUCCAGGUUCAGUCACAGCUGUUAAGAAUGCAAAAUCUAAACAAUCAAAAGAAAAGCAUAGUAGUAAACAAGUGGAACAUCAGUUUACCAUAAUGGAAAUGCCACUUGCUUCAGUGCAUACUGAUUCUGCAAUUGUAAAAGAACCCGAAGGAGAGAAGGGUAGCAUCCGGACAAGUGAUAAACUUGGAAUUUCAGAAGGUUUAUCACAACUUUGUCAGAAUAGUCCUGAUAUAAAUGUUGCUGGAGCAAGAGAGGGAACUUCUGCUGUAAAAGCAGCUCAGUUUAGUGCAACUGUACCAAAAUCUGCUCUUAAAUCUACAGGUGCAAAGAAACAGUCAAGGUCUGUGACAUGGGCUGAUGAGAAAAGUGAUGGUGCAGAAAAUAGAAAUCUCUGUGAGGUUAGAGACUUGGAAAAUACAAAAGAUCAUGCUGACAAGGUCAGAUUUCCAGACCAGGGGGAUAAUGAUAGUUCAGUUCGAUUUCUUUCAGCGGAAGCAUGUGCCAUUGCACUGGGCCAGGCAGCAGAAGCUGUUGCAUCUGGAGAUUAUGAUAUAACUGAUGCGGUAUCAGAAGCUGGAAUUAUUAUACUACCCCCUCCCCAAGAUGUGGAUGAAGGAAAAUCCCAAGAGCAGGUCAAUAUGGUUGAACCAGAGCCAACUACUUCUAAGUGGCCAAAAAAACCAGGGGUUCCAAAUUAUAAUUUGUUUGAUUCUGAGGAUUCUUGGUAUGAUAGUCCACCAGAGGGCUUUAGCCUUAGUCUAUCACCAUUUGCAACAAUAUGGAGUGCACUGUUUGAGUGGAUAUCAUCAUCUUCUGUGGCUUAUAUAUAUGGACGGGAUGAUAGUUUCCGUGAAGAAUAUUUUUCUGUUAAUGGAAGAGAGUACCCCCACAAAAUUGCAUCAACUGAUGGCCGUUCUUCUGAAAUAAAACAAACUCUUGCUGGCUGUCUUGCUCGUGCUUUGCCAGGACUUGUUGAAGAUCUCAGACUACCAGUUCUAUUAUCUACUCUGGAGCAUGAAUUGGGGCACUUAAUGGAGACUAUGUCUUUCGUUGAUCCACUUCCUCCAUUCAGAAUGAAGCAGUGGCAAGUGAUUGUACUUUUGUUUAUUGAUGCUCUCUCAGUUUCAAGAAUUCCAGCACUUACUCCACACAUGACAAGUCGCAGGACAUUGCUUCGCCAGGUACUGGACGGUGCUAAGAUAAGCGCAGAAGAGUACGAGAUAAUGAAGGAUCUGAUAAUACCACUUGGUCGGGUUCCGGAAUUUUCAACACAGAGUGGGGGUUGAUGGAACGCAAUAUCAUAAUUAUCCGGUAGCCAGCACUGGCAAGCAUUAACCAGCUAAACUAACUGCACAUGUUUUGGAGCGAAUGAAUGUGGGUUGCUUAAAACUUGGGGUACUAGUUGAAAACCAAGCCUGAUCAUCAACUAAGCUGUGAUUAGAAUUCCAUCUUGCUCAGCUUUGUCAAAUAGCUGACUGAAUGAAUAUAUAUAUUCUGUUUUUUAGUGCCCGUAUCUGAAAAGACAAAGAGUGCAGUAGACAUGUUAGGAAAGAAGGUUGAUGGAAUGGAUUUCCUUCCUCUUCUUCUUCUUCUUCUUCUUCUUCUUCCCAAAUAAAAAAGAGAAAAAAAAUUGAUAGAUUUGGAGGUUUGCGAGAAAAAAGUAGAAGGUUGAGCGAAACUUGGCCGAAGACAAUAAUAAAUAAACUUAUGCCGGUAUUGCAAUGGAGUUGACUUGAAGAUACAAUGUUUGUUUGUUUGUUUGUUUUAAAUAAUGGUUUCAAUUCAAUCGUUGGCGGCUGGCUGGCUUCUCUUUUCUGUGCAUGGCCUCCAGCCAUCGCUGUUAAUUUGCAAUAAAAAAUUCUGGUGUUGGCGGCGACAAAUGAACUGCUGACUCGACGUAAAUGAAAAGCUUCCUCCACCUCCCGUGCACUGCACAUCCCCCCACCCAAUUUGGUAAAUCAAUUUUGUAGUCGAUCCCCGGGGGGGGGGGGUGCCGGCCCGGGGUCUCACUUCAUUCUUUGAUGAUACACACCGGUUCCAGUUAUAUUAAGAGAAUGGAUGGAUGAAUUGUUCUAUUGCCCUAGCCAUUCUCGUUAACCCAAUCCCGGUUGGUUCCCAAGUGGGUCUCUCUCUCUCUCUCCCCCUCCUGGGAAUAUGCUAUAUUCAUGCUUGCUUAACAAUAAUAAUAAUCUUUAGUUCUUUUUUUAAGUUUCAAGUGAAGAAGAAGGAGAAGGAGAAGAAAUUAUGUUAAAUAACUAAAUUGUAAACGUAAAAAAGCAGCUGAUUUUCAAUAAGUAAAAAAUUUCUUAUUAUUUUGGUAAUAUUCUAUGGUAUGGUUUCAAAUUCAAUUAUGCCUAAAAUAAAUUAAAAAAAAAUAAAAUUGCACCGACCUCCCUGAGCUUUUCAUCUGAUUAUUAUUAGAAGUGGGGAACUGUGUUUGACGGUCAAAACAGAUCAGAACCUGAACCACUUACGGUUUACGAGACUUAUUUUCUAAAAAUAAAUUUGUAUUAUAAAAAUUUGAAUAUUAAUUACUCAUUACUUAAGACUAAUAUUCUUUAAUUACAUAUUUCUCCCUCUGUAGCCAUAGUCUCUCUCUCUCUCUCUCUCUCUCUCUCAAUGGGCAUGCUCUCUUCUACGCCACUGAUUUUCUGGGCGACAGAUCGGUGGCCAACUUCUUCCCAAUCUCUUGCUGGGUUUUGAUCUUCCAACCGUGUUAAUCAGCUAUGUGGCCCUUUUAUUACGAGACGCACAUUUUUUAGUUUAGGGACCAAGUGACACAAGAACAUGGAUGAGGAGCAGGUUGAUGACUUGUUUAUUGAGAUAGAUAUUGGGAGCAUCUGUCUGUUUUAGGUAUGGCUUCAGU